GUCAGGGAAGGCUUCACGCAAAUCUUCUCCCACAAAUUUGAGUAAUAUUGCGGACUUUAACUGAAAAUGUAGAAAAUGGAUAAAGACAAUGUGAAGGUGUCGACCAAUGGGGAUGGGCCUGGUAAAGAAAGCACUGUUACACCAGUAGAAAAACCAACCCCACAAGGAGACAAAGCCCCAACAUCUUUGUCUGUAGACAUUCCCAACCAUCAAGAUAUUAAACGCCAAGAGUCCUUGCUACUCUCUCCUCAACCCAUGUCACCAGACCCAGUGCAUGAUCUGCCUGUUGAAUUGUUGCAAAUGGGAUGGAGACGAUUCUGGAGCAAGAGAGAGGAGAGACCAUAUUUCUUUAACAAAAACACAAAUGAGUCUUUAUGGGAAAUGCCUCAUUUUCCUGGAAUGUCUUCACCUCAAAACAAUUUCCUAACAGAUCCUUUGGGUAUAGGUGGAGAUGGCCCAACCCCUCACCACAUGGAUGCACGUCUUAGCCGCCCAAGCACUGAUAUUCCACCAGCACAAGUUGGAGAAAAAAGGCGUGCAAGUAUGGAGGGUAUUGAAAGUCCCACAAAGAGACCUGCAUUUGGCUACAGCCCUUUUUGGAAUUUUGAUAUCCCUACAAAUGCAGUCAUGUUUGAGAGGGUUCCCUGCUGUUUACCACCUCCCAUGCCAGAGGUGGAGAAGUUUAGAGCCCAGCUAGUAUACAAACUAAGACAACAGUACCAGGAACUCUGCCAUACACGAGAGGGAAUUGAUGCACCAGUGGAGUCCUUUAAUCGCUGGCUAUUGGAAAGGAAGGUUGUUGAUCGAGGGAAGGACCCCAUGCUGCCUUCCCAGUGUACCCCAGAAGUUUCUCAAUCUAUGUACAGGGAGAUCAUGAAUGACAUUCCUGUCAAACUGGUCAAGCCCAAGUACACAGGGGAUGCACGCAAACAGCUCUUUAAAUAUGCUGAGUCAGCUAAAAGAAUGAUUGAAACAAGGAGUGCAUCCUCUGAUAGCAGGAAGAUUGUGAAAUGGAAUGUAGAGGAGACAUUUACAUGGCUGAGGAAACAAGGGGCUGCUUCAUAUGAAGACUACUUGGAAAGGCUGGCUCACUUAAAGAGGCAGUGUCAGCCUCACCUGACAGAGACUGCUAAGUCUUCUGUAGAAGGAAUCUGUUGUAAGAUGUACAAUAUGUCUUGUGAGAGUGUCCGCAAACUCCAUGAGUUCCAUUGGCAGCUACUGAAGGAGCAUGGAAUCAAGGAACCAGCCAAAUUCCCUGAUCCCAUCAAUCCCAGAAAAGUGUUGUGUUACCCAAUCCAAAUGUGUGUUCCCUGUCCCAGGCUAUCAACUGUAGAACUCAUGCAGGACAAAGAAACCCACACACUAAAAUGGAAUGGAGAAAUACUCAAACUCAACAGCUCACAUUUCUGUAAACUGGAGCAAUUGUACAAAUUAAAUUGUCGAGAUGAUCCCAGAUUUGACCAUUUUCUUGGACGUGUCUGGUGUUUACUACGCAGAUAUCAUACAUUAUUUGGCCUUGGUCCAAAUGAAGGGUUUGGAUUGCAGGGAGCUUUAUCAGUCUCAGUAUUUGAGUGUCUUCAUCGAGUUUUUGGAGUGACUUUUGAAUGUUUUGCCUCUCCACUGAAUUGUUAUUUCAAGCAAUAUUGCUCAGCAUUUGAAGAUACUGAUGGUUAUUUUGGAUCCCGUGGACCUAUUCUUAAAUUCAGACCCGUUAGUGGGUCAUUUGAGGCCAAUCCACCAUUCAGUGAAGAACUCAUGGAAACCAUGGUUGACCAUUUCGAGAAUUUGCUAAAGGAAUCUAAAGAACCUCUGUCAUUUUGUGUGUUUAUCCCAGAGUGGAGGGACCCACCAACAGAGGCUCUCAUUAGACUGGAAUCCAGCAGAUUUAAAAGGAAGUCUGUUGUGUUGCCACCCUAUGAACAUGAGUAUCGGAGUGGUUUUCAGCAUUUUUGUCCAAAAGAUGAGAUGAAUGUGAAAUCUCUCCAUGGAACACUUGUGGUAUUUCUACAAAAUGAUGCUGGAUUUCAACGCUGGAAUCCUACACCAGAGAAAAUUAAAGAACUUUUACUGGCCGCAAAACCAAAAGACACUGUAGUUUGAUGUGUUUUCACAAAAACUUAAAAGUGUGCAAGAAGUAGGAAAUCCUACACAAUCAGAUUACUGAGAAGUAGCUUGUGAACACAGUAAAUCGUUUCUAUUGUUAUCAUUAAGGUUCUGAAAUGUUGUGUUUUUUCUUGUUAAGAAUAUUCUGGAUAAUUUCAAGCAGCUUUUCUGACAUUGAUGACUUGGUGCAUUUGGCCAUAAGUCUGAAGGAUCCGUGUGAGACAAAGGCAGCAGUAUUCAUGUGGAGACAAUGGAGGGGGGCACCUGCUGGUGAAUGUUGUGUCCUUGCCUCAUUACCCACACCAUAGAAAUGAACAAAGACUGCAUUUGACUUCGUCAUUUAAUUUAUACACUUUUUCAUUGUUAAAUAUGACUUUUUCAAACAGUUUCAGAAGGCAUUUGAGUAGAAAACACCCUGUUUCAACAAAAUCAAGUUCUUGCCAUAACUUUGUAAUGAAGAAUUCAUUGGAAGCUAAUGAUACAUUUAACCUUAUAAUUUUAAAGCAGAUAUUGUAAAAAGUUCUUACAUUUAAUAUCAAAUAGGUUGCCUAUUAUUAAGGGUUUUUACAUUACACUUUAUGUAUGCUGAUCAGGGUCAGUUUGUAAAGAUAAACAUGUCAGGAGUUACAAUGGAAAAAAAUAUUGUCUUGGCCAUAACUGUAAUACAAGAAUUUUAGAAGUUCAAUUGGCAUAAUUUAAUCAUUGAAAUAGGCCACAGUUAUAGAUACCUGGAGUUGCAUGAAUAUAUGCUAUACAGUGUAGUUUAGAUUUGCACCAGUUGCACAUGCCCAUUAGUGAUGUAAGUUCAUUAGGACCACUGUACUUUAUACUAUACCAGUAGUUAAAAAACAUGUACAUAUACAUGGAUUUGUUUCUAUGGUGUAUUGUACAUAUAUUACAUUUGCAUGUUAUUGUCUGAAAUCCACUUGUGAAAUGGAGGAUUUAUUGAAAUGAUCUCUGUUUAUAUUUAUGAAUAUGUUGUUGUUUACACAUGUAUCACUGAUGUAUAUUUCUGUCAAUCAUAAUUUAUUGUCAUCAUCUGUAGCACUUCUUUCCUGUACAGGUAUUAUUUUUAAUACAUGCCCUGACACUUAAAUUUAGUUUUAUAUUCUUUUUACCUGUUUUAAAUUUGUCAUAUUUUAAAAGUGCAUGUACAUGUAUUUAGAAAAUAUGAAAUAUUUAAUCGUUAAUUUUUUUUUAUAUGAAAAUAUAUUAUUUAGUUUUAUUAUAAUUGAUGUGCCCUAGUAUUUAAUUACAGGUAUGUUAAGAAUUCUAUAGUUUGUCUGUUAAGAUAAACUGUUCUUUAUUUGUGUACAAUUGGUGUAUUAGAAAUAUUAGAAUUCAAAGUGCUUCUCUAUUAUUUGCACUGCAUGGGACUUUGGCAAUCUGUUACUAUUGUUUUUCAAAGUUUAUCUGUUCAUAAGUUGUUUAACAUGGUCAAUUUAAAUAGCUACAUGUAUCAUGGUCGGCCUUUUCAGUGUCUAGAGUACACAUACUUUUCUGUAAAGUAAAUACAAUAAUCUCUGCAAAUUUCAUUGUACUUAAUAAACUAGUGUAUGUUAAAA